GUGUAAAAUAUAAUAAUAUAUAAAUCAAAUACACGUUGACUUUUGCACUGCAGAUGCAAUUGCGUGCUUGAUCAAGCCACGCACACGCAGACACACAAGCACCCGCGCGCAGUGUAGGCUACGUCAGACAGGGAUUAAGGGAUGUGGGUUAGCCCUGAAUUAUCCACGGCUGCGUGCGGUGCAAGCGUCGAGCACACAUCUCUGGACUCUGCUCGGGGAAAUAUUUCACGGUGGAUCCUGUCCGGAUUCGCGUCGCUUUUUUGCACAGGCAUGAGAGGAAAGCAUCGUGACGCUUCCGUGGAGGCGACAGGGACGCGGUGCUGGGAUUUGGACUGAAAGGAGUAGAGAGUGUCAAAUAGAAGCGGCACAUUCGAGCUUUUUCCCCCCCAUCCGUCGAGCCCGGAGGAUGGUCCCGGGGGCUCCGAUCCCCGGCACCGCCAUGCUCCCCGCCUCGGAGGCAGCCAAGAUUUACCAGACCAACUACGUGCGUAACUCCCGCGCCAUCGGCGUCCUGUGGGCCAUCUUCACCAUCCUCUUCGCCAUCGUCAACGUGGUGUGCUUCAUCCAGCCCUACUGGAUCGGGGACGGCGCAGACACCCCGCAGGCGGGCUACUUCGGCCUCUUCCACUACUGCAUCGGCAGCGGCCUGUCCCGGGACCUGACGUGCCGGGGCAGCUUCACAGAGUUCGCCAGCAUCCCUUCCGGUGCGUUCAAGGCCGCCUCCUUCUUCAUCGGCAUGUCCAUGGCGCUGGUGCUCGGCUGCAUCGGAUGCUUCGUCCUCUUCUUCUUCUGCGGCACCGGCACCGUCUACAAGAUCUGCGGGUGGAUGCAGCUGGCUGCAGGCACGUGCCUGGUCCUGGGCUGCAUGAUCUACCCGGACGGCUGGGACAGCGACGAGGUGAAGCGGAUGUGCGGCGAGCAGACGGACAAAUACACGCUGGGCGCCUGCUCGGUGCGCUGGGCCUACAUCCUGGCCAUCAUGGGCAUCAUGGACGCCCUCAUCCUCUCCUUCCUGGCCUUCGUGCUGGGGAACCGCCAGGACAACCUCAUGUCCGAGGAGCUGCUGGGAGACAAGAGUGGUAGCAAUGCCAUUUAACUGCAGGAAAUCAGCAGUAUCGCACAUGCAAAAGGUUUUACUUCCUGUAUCACGUGAUCACCGGAGGAUGCUGCCGUCUUUUUCCGACGUCAAAGCUGCUGAUGCCAGUCCACUGGGAAUAUUCCAAGUGUAAAAAUAGGUUGUGUCCUGAAUGAGACAUCUGUCCGUGUGGAUGGGACACAACAUCACCUAUAAACUGGUUUGGAAAAAAAAAGACUUUACUCUGGGACACAAAUUGGACAAAGAAAAUAUUUUCACUUUCAUUUUGUAAAAAGGGCCAAACUGAGUGGAGAGUAGGUUUUGUUAUACUUCGAUGUUUGGUGUUUUAUUGUAGAGGUGAAAAUGUUCUUGCACUAGAAUUUGCUCUCUAAGAAUAGUAUGUGCCAUACAGUUUAGAUUAUUGUGGAGUACUAAAGCAAUGCAUUAUGGGAAGGACAGCAGCCAAAGUGCUGCAUGCUACCUCUACAGUUCACUCGUGUUUUGUUUUUGCCCAAUAAAUUCAUCACUGAAGUUAGCUGACGUUUUAUGUAGGCGGGAAUGUCGCCCUCUUGUGGCCACAGGCAAACAUGAAAGUUAAAUGGCCAAAUUAGCUUCUCGUUAAAACAACUUUGGACGGGUUAAACCAGGGGUGGGCAAACUUUUGGACUCGUGGGCCGCAUUGAGUUAACAAAACUGUGCGGGGGGCCAGAAUAUCUUUUUUUUAUAACACACACAUUAUUUUACGCUUAUAAUUCUAACAGUCCACCUUGAAUUAUUUGUCUAAUUUUUUAUUAAUAUAUUAAAAAUAUUAAAUAUAUUAAUAUUAAAAACUAAUUAAUAUAUUUUUUUAUUAUAUUAUAAUUAUAUUAUCAAUUAUAUUGUAUAUAUUAUAUCUAUUAUAUUUUAUAUAUUAUAUAUUUUUUAUUUAAUUAAUUUACUUAUUUGUAUAAUUUUAUCUGAAAAAGUGUCAGACUAUUAGAUAUAUGUUUUAAAUAUGUAUAAACAUCAGACCACAUCAAACUAGAAACUUGAAUUUUACAUUAAAAAAAACAUGUUUUUAAAUUAUUUUAAUUUUUAUUAUUAUUUAUUUUUUUACUGAAUAAGGCAUAUGACUUGCAAGUCAUGUUGCCAGCAUGUAUGUUAAAAGGUAGAAAGCAACUGGCGGGCCGGAUUCAAACGCUUUAAAGAUCUGACCACAUCAAACUACAAACUUGAAUUUUACAUUUUUUUUAAAUUUUUUUUUAUUAUUUUUAUUUAUUUUUUACUGAAUAAGACAUCCGACUUGCAAGUCAUGUUGCCAGCAUGUAUGUUAAGUUAGAAAGCAACUGGCGGGCCGGAUUCAAACGCUUAGUGGGCCGCAUGUGGCCCCCGGGCCGUAGUUUGCCCACCCCUGGGUUAAACAGUUCUAACAUAAGGGAGGAUCCUUCAGGUUGGGAGGGGUCCACUCUACCAACUGUAACAUACCGCACAACUCAGUAAACCCACUUCAUUUUUUUGUGAAUGAAUAUGAUAUUGCAUAAAGAAAUAACUAAUCAUUUGAUUGGGUCAAAUUAUUAACCUUUAACUACCUUGAGUUGAGUUAUGAUCAUAUUUUUAAUCGCCCCAUAAAUGAAAUAUGUAAAUCAAUCCCCAGACUACAAAUGACAUUAUAUGUAUGGAGGCAGUAAUGUCGCCCUCUUGUGGCCAAAAAGGAAAAUGCAGGUUAAAAAGCCUGAAUGCAAAGCUAAAUAUAUCUCUUUAAUAAAACACUAUUUGAACCAAUGUUUGUCCGCUUCCGGUCAAUGCUUGCAUGCUUGGGGCUUGAUUGACAUUAACAAAUGUUGACCUUGACUUACCUUGAGCUAUGAUGACGUUUCUAGCAGCCCUAAAUGAAAAGUUCUGUACAUCCAUUGCAGACUACAGCUGUCAUGAGGUGGAGGCAGUGAUGUCGCCCUCUUGUGGCCAACAGACGAAAUGCAGGUUAAGAGCCUAAAAAAGCAAAGCUAAAUAAACAUCUAUUUUAAAACAACUUUCGACUAUUUUAACACUUGUUUCUUUUUGUCCCCGUCAACCGAGUGCAUGCAUAAAUGUGUGAACUUCACCUAAAAGCUCAACUACUAGGAAUGCUACAUUUUCCCUAUAAAACACUAAAAUCACAUUCAAAUAAUUUGCUAUUAUUGAAUUAAAAACAACAAAAACAGAAACAUUUUUCUGAUUGGUCCAAAAUGUUCACCUCGACUCACCUUAGCGGCGCAAUGAUGACGGUUCAAACACCCCACAGUGGAAAAAAAAGUCAUGAAAAAAAGUGAAAGCCGAGCAAGUCGUCAGCACAAGUCGUAUAAAACUGUCAUUACAGUGAUUUAUUAUAAUGAACCAUGAAAAUAGCCAACCAGUGCAGUGUCUGUGAGCUCCUCCCCUCGCCACAAACACACUCACACACACAAAUAAUAAUAAUAAUAAUAAUAAUUAAAAAAAAUAAAAUAAAA